AUAAACGAUUCCUUCCAUUAUGCUUGAAUCCCCAAAGACAAUGUCGCAAGACGACAACACACCCGAACAAUUGGUUUAUAUCUAGCUCGAUGACAAUAAAGAUGAUACAAUACCCUGUUAAGAUGAACAAUUUGGUAUUAGGUCGCGUGAAUCAAUGCCUUUCAAUUCAAAACAAAAGAACUAAGACGAGUCGAUAACAAACGAUACAAUGGAUUGACGUCGCCGUCGUAAAGUAUAUAAGAACGGAGCUCGGACCGAAGUCCAUCGAAGAGAAGAUUGGAUAAACAAGUUCAACAGUAAAACUAUUAGGUAUACAUCCUCAGGUAGGUUGUCAUCGCUAAUAAUCACAGUCAAACUCCCCUUCUUCCAAGUAUAUAUAAAGCAUACUCGCCACAAGCCAAAGAUGUGUUGGUCGUACAUUCUCGUCUACGUCUGCGGGCACUGCUCGGAGAACAACCUUCCCCUGGACGAAGCGACUAAAGUCGUUCUGCCAGGCGAGCUAGAUACUGUUACGGGGCUCCUCAACCUUGAAGGUUCGAUUUGUCCCCUGCGCGGCGUCCCGCCAGAUGAGAACGGUGUACGCCCACAGGUCUCGCCCCUGAGUUGCACGGCUCACUGCGCAAGGGUGCCGCUUCUACGACCCGUUGACGAGACGCUCAGCGCGCUCCUCGCACCAUACGUUGAGCAGAGCGGCGGCUAUUUAUAUAGCCCACCGGUCCUCCGUCAAUGGGUAUGCCCCAAGCAUCGACAGUAUUACAAGGUGCUUGGGUCCGAUUUAGAGGGUGCCCACAUGGUAAAACAGUGCGAGUUUUUCGACCAGCCAGCAGAUAUUGACGCAAACUGCAACGUGGCGAAGACUCCUACUGGCUAUAACCCGGAGAUUGACCUUGACAUUAAUCGCUACCCGUGGAAUUUUCCGCUUGAUGAUCUCGAGAUGCAAGAGCUACGACGGCAAGUGUUGGAAGAGGGAGAGAUUGAGGAGGGAGAAGUAGAGGAGGCUUAAGAGAUGGUAGAGGAUGUUGGACAGGGAGUGCUUGAUCAACUGAAACCUGAAGAUAUGGAUGACG